AUGACGUCAAACAUAGUAGAGUCGGUUAAUGCGGUGAAAAAGCCAUUUAAGGGGUGUCCAAUAGAUUACCUAUUUGAGUCACUCAAGCAUAUGUUGCAAGGAUGGUUCUGUAAGAACCGAAGUUUGGCAUGUGUUACUUUUACGCGACUAGCUGGUAAGCAAGAAAACCUUCUUAGGUUGAAUGUAAACGUUCCACAGGUUUCCGCACCAAAUGAAUUAUUGUAUGAGGUAAUAGAUGAUGGGACAAAGCACAUUAUGGACUUAACAGUCAUAACGUGUAGUUGCAACCAUUUUCAAGUAGAUGGCAUUCCAUGUCCGUAUGCAUUGGAGGUAAUAGGUGAAAAGGGAGAUUUACCGUACAAUUGUUGCUCACAGUACAACACAAAGGUAGCGUACGUGGACACCUACGCAUGCGACAUUGUUCCAUUGGGAUAUCGCGAACACUGGAGUAGAGUAGGCUACGUGAGUCAUGAUCAUAACCUCCCACCUAAUUCAAAGAGGCCUGCUGGGCAACCAAGGAAUUCUAGGCGUCGAAUAAGGCUCGAGACAAUUAAUCUGACAAUGUGUGGACGGUGCGGGGGGAAGGGACAUAAUAAAAGAAGUUGCAAGCAGCCUUUGCCUAUGUGUGGCGUUAGAAAACGCAAGCGCAGUUCCUAA